GGGAACGAACAUUCCGCAACCAAAGUGCUUCUUGCAGUAGUCUUCUCUCUUUCGGAAAAGGAAGCUGAUAAAAAUGUCGAAGCUAAAUGGUAACAAUCGGCGAUCGUCGUUUUCUUCAUCGACGACGUCGUCUUUAGCCAAACGACAUGCAUCGUCGUCGGAGAAUGUGGGGAAAGUCACGGCUUCUUUGGCUAAAAAGAGAGUCCCUCUCACUAACAUAACUAACCAAAGAAAUAGCUCAAGAAGCUCGGCUUCGGCCUCUUCUUUGGUACCAAGUUCAAACAAAAUAUCAAAGGCAAGGAAGACACAGUCUGUUACAAAUGUAGGUCUCCCAGGACCUGUUUUACCUCCUACAAACGUAGGUCUCUCCGGACAUGUUCUUCCUCCUACAAACGUAAGACACAGUUCAGUUUUGCCGCCCAAGGUUGUUUCAUCUUUCCCAACAGAAAAUGAAGUGGUAUUCCCUCCUCCAACAGUACAGUGUAGCAUGGAGUUUUCUCCUAGUAAAUCAGAAGGCUUAUCAUCAGUUUCCAUGGAUGAGACAAUGUCCACGUGUGAUUCUUUCAAAAGCCCCGAGGUGGAAUACAUGGACAACCAGGAUGCUUCAGCGGUUGGUUCCAUCGAGCGAAAGACAUUCAGCAAUCUCUGCAUUUCGGACCAUGAAGUAGAAGCAGCAGGAAAAUUCUGCAAUCGAGAAGUUUUUGACGACGGCAAGGAAACCGAUAAUAAGAUAAUGGAUGUUGAUGACAACUACAUGUAUCCACAGCUUUGUGCAACAUAUGCUUGUGAUAUUUACAAGCACCUACGGGCAUCUGAGUUGAAGAAAAGACCUUCCACGGACUUCAUGGAGACAAUUCAGAAAGACAUAAAUUCCAGUAUGCGUGCAAUACUGAUUGAUUGGCUUGUUGAAGUGGCUGAAGAGUAUAGGCUUGUUCCAGAUACAUUAUAUUUGACCGUUAACUACAUAGAUCGGUACCUCUCGGGGAAUAUGAUGAACAGGCAGCAGCUGCAGCUGCUUGGUGUUGCCUGCAUGAUGAUUGCUGCCAAAUAUGAGGAGAUUUGCGCCCCUCAAGUGGAGGAGUUCUGCUACAUCACUGAUAACACAUAUUUCAAGGAUGAGGUUCUAGAGAUGGAAUCAUCUGUUUUGAAUUACUUGAAGUUUGAAAUGACUGCCCCCACUUCUAAGUGCUUCUUAAGACGUUUUGUUCGUGCUGCUCAAGGGAUCGAUGAGGUUCCAUUGAUGCAAUUAGAGUGCAUGGCCAACUACAUUGCUGAGCUCUCUCUCCUCGAGUACAGUAUGCUCUGCUAUGCUCCAUCACUUAUUGCUGCAUCAGCUAUUUUCCUGGCCAUAUUUAUACUUCUUCCGUCAAAGAAACCUUGGAAUUCUACCUUGCAGCAUUACACACUGUAUAAUCCGUCUGAUCUAUUCGAGUGUGUUAAGGAUCUUCAUAGACUAUGCUGUAACAACAAAAAUUCGACUUUGCCGGCAAUCAGGGAGAAAUACAGCCAGCACAAGUACAAAUGUGUUGCAAAGCAGUGUUGUCCUCCUUCAAUACCUUCGGACUUCUUCCACAACUGAAGAUGGCAUUUGAGAUCAGAACCAAACAUGUUCCAAUUCUUUGUUGGAUAACCUGUUCCGCUCCAGUUGUGAGAUGAAGUACUAAAUCAGCUGUGCAGAUUUUGUCCAGGACGCGACCGCGUUGAACUGCCGAGUC